CCAUGCGCAGGACGCGCUCCCGCUGAAUUCAAUGCCGGUGCCGUCCGGCCCCAUUGCUAAAGGAUGGGGUAUAGGAGAUAAAGCAACUGGGAAAAGGAGCCCAUUAACUGUAGCUAAUACCAGUUAUCUCACGUGUCACUCAUCACGUGACAUGCUUAGGAAUGUAUACAUGCAUGUUAAUGAACACCUGGGGCAUUAGCACAGCAGGGCUGCGAGUUCCUCGCGUGUAAAAAGUAAAGUUUGCACAAAGUCACGUGAGUGAUGCUGCUACUGCUUAGGGAGUGAUCCGAGUUAUUUCCACAGUGGCUGAACACGCGAGUGUCUGUGCCCUUGACGGGUGCAGAUCCUCCCCCCUCUGUGUCCUGGCUGCGUGUGUGUCUAAGUGGAGAGAGGGCAGGGGGCUGUUCCCACUGCAGCCUCUGUCUCCCUGUGUCCUUCUGCGGAAAUGACACACACGGAGUCCCGUCACGUCACGCGAGAACGCACGGACACGCAGCACACAAAGACACAGACACGCCGUGGGGAGGUAGAAAAAAAGCCAGAAAACAAAACACGAGACGGAACUGGAAAGACAAGCUAUACCGAACCGUUAUCAAGGUGUCCACUCGGGAAAAAUACACGCACACGCUGGAGGGAAGACAGAGGAAGGGGGACCCUCUCCUAGGUACAUCAGAAAAUGAACCCAGUUGAAUUCAGAGAGGAAGAUGAUGAUACAGAAGUCAAAUCCGUUGUAAAAGUUGAAGCGUCAAGAGAAGGAAAUUUGCUGGAUUGCUCGAUUGCUGCCCCUGUAGGGAAGCAAACCCCGGAAUGCACGAAUAUCUCUCGGCCUGACCUCAACAAACGCAAACAAACCUCUCUCAUGUCUGACGGGUCAAGUAGCGAUGCAGAAAUUAUACCCACCGUUAAAAGAAGGAAACUCGUCUCAGAGAGUCUACUUUCCUGCACCAAGAACAGAGAGUCUGGAUCUUCUGCUCAGGCCAAUGUGGAGUUGAGUACAAACUCUGACUAUAGCACCACAUCUGUAUGUGAAGGAGAGGAAACUGUUCAUGAAUUUGUAACAUCAUACAAGAAACCUCUCUAUGGCAUUUCACAUAAGAUAACAGAGAAAAGGAAUCCUGUUACAUCAGAUCUGCAAGUAUCUUAUGAGGGUUUUGACAAGACAAACCAUGACAGUCCCUCAAAUCUGCGUGUUUUUAGUGACCUGCGCAAACGUGAACCUGCUAGCACUUUAAUGACAUCGUCGGUAAUUGAAGAAUCCAACGUUUACUCUUUGAUACAAAAAAUGUUUUUUGCCCUCAACACACUUAAUUCCAAUAUGUCACAGUUGCAUAGUAAAGUCGAUCUCCUGUCACUCGAAGUAAACAGAAUCAAGAAGAAAGUGAGUCCUCUGGAUAUGGUUGCCGAGUUCCAGCCUCCCCCUGAAUACCAACUGACGAGUGCAGAGCUGAAACAAGUAAUGGACCAGACCACUUCUGCCGGGGACCUUAGUUGCCGGUUAUUGAUUCAGCUUUUUCCUGAGCUUUUUGGAAAAGAGGACUUUUCAAGGAACUGUGCCACCUGUGGUUUCAACAGCAAAACCAAGCUUGAAUCACUUCACCUCCAACUUAUACGCAACUAUGUAGAGGUUUGCUACCCUGCUGUUAAGAACACUGCCAUCUGGCAGCUAGAGUGCUUACCUCAAAUAAAUGACUUCUUCAACCGGUUUUGGGCUGAAAGGCAGAUGGAGAGCACCCAUCAGAGUAUGCAGUCACCCAGUUUUUUUUGUGUCUCGUCACAGCAAAAUUCUCAUUAUGUUGAAGGUAAAGAGGAAGAAGCCUCCUUGAGCAGAGCAAAUUCUGUUGGAUCAGAAUACACUCUGAAUUCACAUGAUCUCUGUGAGUUUUUAGAUGAAGCUUCUUCCCCUGGGGAAUUUGCGGUUUUGCUGCUGCACCGUUUAUUCCCUGAAAUCUUUGACCACAGAAAGCUUGUGGAAAGAUGUCCUGGAGAAAUAGAAAAUUUAGUUGUAGAUCCACACCGCCUACAACUGAUUCGGCAGUAUACAGAGAUUUAUUUUCCAGAUGUACAUGAUGAUGAUGUUUGGCUGCAGCAGUGUGUUCAAAGAAUUAAUGAUGAGUUGGAAAGUGUAUUAAUGGAUGGCAGUGAAUGUGAUGAUACGAGGGAUGACUGCUAUGACUCUGCAAGCUUACCCGAUGACCUGUCUGUUGUAAAGUUGGAGGAUGGCAUGGACACCGACAGACCAGGAAGAAGGUCCAAAAAGGUUUGGCUUGUACCAUUUGACUUUGAUAGAAUUGAUAUUCCACCUCCUGACUUUGAGGUUCCUUAUCCACAAUUUCUCCUUACCAAGGAACAACUAAAAAAUAUUUAUGAGAGCAGUUUGUCCAUUGGUAAUUUUGCCUCAAAACUGCUGGUUCACUUAUUCCCAGAGCUGUUCACGCAUGAGAACUUGAGGAAGCAGUACAACUGUAGUGGUUCGCUUGGGAAGAAACAGCUUGAUCCAGUCCGAGUAAAACUUAUCCGGCACUAUGUGCAAAUGCUGUAUCCACGGGCAAAAAAUGAUAGAGUUUGGACUCUAGAAUUUGUUGGAAAGCUGGAUGAACGGUGUCGCCGUAGGGAUACAGAGCAGAGGCGUUCUUAUCAGCAGCAGAGGAAGGUUUAUGUACCUGUACCAGAAAGGAGAGACUUUGUCCAUUUCGACCUAAACCCAGAAAGAUUCAGGGAUCUGAUCGAAGAACCACCGCUACCUCCGGAACGCAGUACAAAAGACUUCUGCAAGAUACCACUGGAUAAGAUUGUUGUUCAUUCUCCUGACUUCCCCGUGCCUUCAAUGUACAUCUUAAAUGACAAAGAAAUAAGAGACAUUGUACAACAAAGUCUGUCUGUUGGAAACUUUGCUGCCAGGCUCCUUGUGAGACUUUUCCCAGAGUUGUUUACCGCCGAAAAUCUUAGAUUGCAAUACAACCACUCGGGUGCCUGCAACAAGAAGCAGCUUGACCCCGUCAGACUAAGGCUUAUCCGCCAUUAUGUGGAAGCAGUUUACCCUGUGGACAAGAUGGAGGAGGUUUGGCAUUAUGAAUGUAUUCCAAGCAUUGAUGAAAGGUGCAGGCGCCCAAACAGAAAAAAAUGUGACAUACUUAAAAAAGCAAAGAAAGCUAAAAAGUAGUUCUUACAGAAAAAACACUUGGUUAGUAAAUUAUUUUUUAGUGUAUAGACCGAGGGACCUAGUGCUGCUUUUAUAUAGAAAUAUAAAUAGUGAAUAUAUGAAGUGUGUAAAUAGUUUGCAGCAGUAUGAGGUCUACAGCAUAUUUGCACUCACCUGGGAAUCAAACCUGUUUUAUUCACUGGUAAUAGAUGUUUUCUUACUUUAUUGACUAGGUCAAAUGCUGUUUUAUUUUUUCCUUAAUAUUUUCUAUUCUUCAUGUUUUGUUUUGGCCUUUGCUGCGCUGCAGUGCUUCACUGAUCCCUCUGGUAGGGAAAUGGAUAUAUGACCUUGAUGUGCAAAACAUGCAUUGUGAUAUAGGGCCAUAUUUGUUUUUAUA